UCAGACCGUCGUUCACAUGAACAAACUCACACAGGGGAGAAACCAUUUAAAUGUAUGGAGUGUGGAAAGAGCUUCAGACAAAGUUCAAACCUUUAUUCACAUCAACGUACUCACACAGGGGAGAAACCAUUUAAAUGUAUGGAGUGUGGAAAGAGCUUCAGGCGGUGUACAGAGCUUGACAGACAUCAAAGGACCCACACAGGGGAGAAACCAUUUAAAUGUAUGGAGUGUGGAAAAUGCUUCAGCCAGUCGGCACACCUUCAUGUACAUCAACAAACUCACACAGGAGAGAAACCAUUUAAAUGCAUGGAGUGUGAAAAGAGCUUCAGGGACAGUUCACACCUUCGUUCACAUGAACGAACUCAUAUAGGGGAGAAACCAUUUGAAUGCAUAGAGUGUGGAAAGAGCUUCAGGUUUAGUGCAGCACUUAGAAAACACCAACGGAUUCACACAGGGGAAAAACCAUUUGAAUGCAUGGAGUGUGGAAAGUCCUUCAAUGCGAGUUCACACCUUCGUAAACAUAAACGAUCUCACACAGCAGAAAAACCAUAUAAAUGCAUGGAGUGUGGAAAGUGCUUCAAUCAGAGUUCAAACCUUAGGACACAUCAAUUGACUCACACAGGAGAGAAGCCAUUCAAAUGUAUGGAGUGUGGAAAGAGCUUUGCGCGGAGUGCAGGCCUUGGUAUACAUCAACGGAUUCACACAGGAGAGAAGCCAUUCAAAUGUAUGGAGUGUGGAAAGAGCUUCAAUCAGGGUGGAGGACUUAGAAUUCAUCAACGGAUUCACAGAGGGGAGAAACCAUUUGAAUGUAUGGAGUGUGGAAAGAGCUUCAGUGACAGUGGAACACUUAGAAAACAUCAACGGAUUCACACAGGGGAGAAACCAUAUAAAUGUAUGAAGUGUGGAAAGAGCUUCCGUGACAGUGGAAGCCUUAGAGGACAUAGCCGGAUUCACACAGGGGAGAAACCAUUUGAAUGUAUGGAGUGUGGAAAGAGCUACAGUCAAAGUGGAACACUUAGAAUUCAUCAGCGGACUCACACAGGGGAGAAACCAUUUAAAUGCAUGGAGUGUGGAAAGAGCUUCAGUGAGAGUGGGCAACUUCGACUACACCAACGAACUCACACAGGGGAGAAACCAUUUAAAUGCAUGGAGUGUGGAAAGAGCUUCACUCACAGUGGAGCACUUAGAAAACAUCAACGGAUUCACACAGGGGAGAAACCAUUUGAAUGCAUGGAGUGUGGAAAGAGCUUCAGUGAGAGUGGAGCACUUAGAAAACAUCAACGGAUUCACAUGGGAAAAACUAUUUCAAUGCAUGGAUGUGGAAAGAGAAAGAAGAAACAAUUAGAAAGUAUGGAGGGUGGAAAGAGCUUCACGGACAGUGGAACAAUUACAAAACAUCAACGGACUCACACAGGAGAGAAACCAUUUAAAUGUAUUGAGUGUGGAAAGAGCUUCAGUCAGAAUGAUAAACUUAGAAUUCAUCAACGGAGUCACACAGGGGAGAAACCAUUUAAAUGUAUUGAGUGUGGAAAGAGCUUCAGUCAGAGUGGAGAACUUAGAAUUCAUCAACGGACUCACACAGGUGAGAAACCAUUUAAAUGCAUGGAGUGUGGAAAGAGUUUCUGUGAGAGUGGAAAACUUAGAAUUCAUCAACGGACUCACACAGGGGAGAAACCAUUUAAAUGCAUGGAGUGUGGAAAGAGCUUCAGUCAGAGUGAACACCUUAGAACACAUCAACGGACUCACACAGGUGAGAAACCAUUUAAAUGCAUGGAGUGUGGAAAGAGCUUCCGUGACAGUGGAACAAUUACAAAACAUCAACGGACUCACACAGGAGAGAAACCAUUUAAAUGUAUAGAGUGUGGAAAGAGCUUCAGUGGAAGUGGAGGCCUUAGAACACACCAACGGAGUCACACGGGGGAGAAACCAUUUCAGUGCAUGGAGUGUGGAAAGAGCUUCAGUGACAGUGGAAACCUUAGAAUUCAUCAACGGACUCACACAGGGGAGAAACCAUUUGAGUGUAUGGAGUGUGGAAAGAGCUUCAGUCAGAGUGAACACCUUAGAACACAUCAACGGACUCACACAGGUGAGAAACCAUUUAAAUGCAUGGAGUGUGGAAAGAGCUUCCGUGACAGUGGAACAAUUACAAAACAUCAACGGACUCACACAGGAGAGAAACCAUUUAAAUGCAUGGAGUGUGGAAAGAGCUUCAGUCAGAGUGGAGACCUUAGAAUUCAUCAACGGACUCACACAGGUGAGAAACCAUUUAAAUGCAUGGAGUGUGGAAAGAGUUUCUGUCAGAGUGAACACCUUAGAAGACAUCAACGGAGUCACACAGGUGAGAAACCAUUUAAAUGCAUGGAGUGUGGAAAGAGCUUCAGUGACAGUGGAAUACUUAGAAUUCAUCAGCGGAGUCAUACAGGGGAGAAACCAUUUCAAUGUAUAGAGUGUGGAAAGAGCUUCAGUGGAAGUGGAGGCCUUAGAACACACCAACGGAGUCACACGGGGGAGAAACCAUUUCAGUGCAUGGAGUGUGGAAAGAGCUUCAGUAGGAGUUCACACCUUUAUAUUCAUCAACGAUCUCACACAGGGGAGAAGCCAUUUAAAUGCAUGGAGUGUGGAAAGAGCUUCAGUCAGAGUGAAAACCUUAGAACACAUCAACAGACUCACACAGGUGAGAAACCAUUUAAAUGCAUGGAGUGUGGAAAGAGCUUCCGUGACAGUGGAACAAUUACAAAACAUCAACGGACUCACACAGGUGAGAAACCAUUUAAAUGCAUGGAGUGUGGAAAGAGCUUCAGUGACAGUGGAAACCUUAGAAUUCAUCAACGGACUCACACAGGGGAGAAACCAUUUGAGUGUAUGGAGUGUGGAAAGAGCUUCACUAAUAGUGGAAACCUUAGAACACACCAACGAACUCACACGGGGGAGAAACCAUUUACAUGUAUUGAAUGUGGAAAGUGCUUCAGUGACAGUGGAAAACUCAGAAACCACCAACAGACUCACACAGGAGAGAAACCAUUUAAAUGCAUGGAGUGUGGAAAGAGCUUCAGUGACAGUGGAAAACUUAGAAACCACCAACAGACUCACACAGGAGAGAAACCAUUUCAAUGCAUGGAGUGUGGAAGGAGCUUCAGUACAAGUGGAAUUCUUACAAAACAUCAACAAAUUCAUACGGAACAAAAU